UUCUCCUGCUUCUUGUUCUGCAUUUACUUCUGUCCCAUCUGCAACUUCGAUCACUGAGCACCACACGAGAACUCGAAUCCAGCUUCUUACAGCGGAAAGGCAGUGACAAGAUGGCGAGUAAAAUGGAAGAAACGACGACAAAAGAGAAGAUGGAAAAGCCUGAUGUGGAUAUCAACAGCAAUCCUUCUGUGUCUUCUCAUUCGGAUUUGCUGGAGGCUCUCAGCAAGAUGAAGGAGCUCCCGGACAUACUGCAAGAAGGUAUUCUUUUCAUGGGUGGAGGGGUCGCGAUCCUGCUACAAGCAGCCAUACCAGGCGUCAUCAAGGAGCCACAAGCGAGCGAGGAUUUGGCAGUCCAUCUCCUGGAAAAUAUUCAGACGACGACAAGCUACAUCUUCUGCUUGACAUUUGGCAGCAAGGCACAGAGAAAGUCCCUCUUAGACAUGCUUAAUCGCGGCGGACAUCUUCUGAAUGGCAGCGAUCCUAUAUUCCGUCUCUGGGUUACCGCUACCCUCUAUGCAACUGCUACGGAUAUAUACCAGAGGAUAUACGGAAGAGUCGACUACCGCACCGCGGAGCGAGUCUAUGAAGAAUAUACUCUGCUAGUCAGCGCACUCAACAUUCCUCCAGAGCUGUGGCCAAAGGAUCGUCAGAAGUUCUGGACGUACUGGGAUGAUACUAUUGUGAACAUACGUGAUUGCCCCUUCAGAGGACUAGAGAAGGAUCUAGUCCUCAACUUCAAAAGGUUACCCGGUUGGAUACGAUUUAUGAAACCAUUUCUGCGGGUUCUAACGAGCGAAAUGCUUCCACCAAAUGUCCGGAAAGGAUAUGGACUUAAAUCAUCGAAGGCUCGCAGAGCCUUGUACAGAGUAACUCUGGGCUUCGCUGUUGCCGUCUAUCCUACGUUCCCAAAGUCCAUUCGCUCUUAUCCCCAGAGGUUCUACUUGAAAAAGUUAGAGAUCACAUUAGGAGGCGCCGCCUCCGCUUGAGAGGGACAAUCAUCUCCACAGGUUUUUAGUACUAUGUAUUCCAUAGCAA